GUCAGUUAUCUUCGUGUUCUUCGACGAAUCGUUUGUGUGUUUUCAACUGCUGCCUUCCAGCAGCUUUCAAAUAACUACGCAUUAGGUUUUUGCAGCGUGUGCGUAAAAGAAAGAAAAUUGUGUAUUAUACUACACUUGAGUUGAAUCAAAAUACCCAUUACUAAUUGAGCUAAAGAAAACUAGAGCAAAAACGACAGCAGCUAGCCAAAUACAACAUAAAUAAAGCAACCAGUGCAGACGGGAACAGGAACUGCAAAAAGUAAAACGCAUAUUCUCACGCAUACAUUUGAACCGAACACACAGACACACACUCAUACUUAGAUACACUCGGCAUAUGUGCAAUAAAAGGGCCGCUGUGGCAAAAAGUUUAGUUUAAUCAACGUAAAUUUAUUCGUACACCGCAAUAACAACAAACGAGUUAUCUUUAGACGACGUGUUUAGUACAAGAAUAACACAACAAUAAAAGAAUUUCUAACCGAAUCGUAUCGUACCAUAAUAACAUACACAACAACAAAAACAUCACAGAGAGCAAAAACAAAAUGUCUACGACACCAAAAUCGACAGAAGAUUUGCUGGGUGAAUCUUGGAUCGAAUUGAGCAACACAGCAGCCAUGGCAGGCAUCAAGAGCCCCGACAGAAUUACCCCGCUGCCCUUCAGCAACGGCGAGGAGUAUUUGCGUUUGUUGCGUGAAGCGCAACGCGAAUCAAAUCAGUCCAGUCGCGUUGUCUCCCUGGCCAGCUCCCGUCGUGAUACGCCCCGUGACAGUCCCAAGAGUCCACCAAACAGUCCACAAUCGGAGCAGUGCCCGGAUGAUGAGUUGCGGAACGUGUACAUCAAUUAUUGGACUAAGGGCGGAGAUAAACACAACACCGAUAAUGGCGAUUGGUUGCAGAACUGGAAUCGCGGCAUUGAGGAGCAGCCACCGAAAGAUUGGAAAUUCGAGCGUUCUAGCGAUAAUGAUGAGGAUGAGAAGAAGAAAACAACGGGUUAUUCCAUACGUUUAAAGCGCCUGGGCGCCAAUUCGUUGUUCUCCCGCGAAAUUCUCUACUCGCUGCUGGUCACCAAUGUGCUCUCACUGCUGCUGGGCGCCGGCUUUGGUUUAUGGCUGAGCAAGCGCGGCAUUCUGCUUACCCGCGUGGUCAUUGACUGAAAGACGCCAUAAAGAUUUCAAAACGUUUUCAACACACACACACAAUAUGCACAUGAAUCCAUCAUAAAUAAGCAAAAACAUACAGAACAUUCAACGUUCCAUAUAUAGAUACAAAUCCGAAGAUAUAUACAAGAGAAGAGAAAGGAGAAGAGGCGCAUUGUCAAUAACCAGCCAAACGUAUUCCAGCUCAUCCCAUAAUCAUUUUUCGCCAAUUCAUUAGCACAUCAUAACAAUAACAAUAAUAAUAUGUAGUUCGUACUAUAUACAUAAGCAGAAAGCUAAUGCCUAGGGCAAAGGGUUCAAUGGAUUUUCUAUAUAUCUAUUUUAUACAA